AUGCUGGAGGACAGCGGUGAGUCCUCGGAGCUGACAGCCUGGAAGCAGGGCAAGGAGCUGGAGCAGAAGCAACAGCCAGCCAAGGAGAAGGCCCCUCAGGCUGGAGAGGAUGCCAGAGAGAUCCAGAGGUCUGUGGACCUCACGGUGGGUGGAUUGGAAUGGCACAGAACAAGCAGAACCCAGGAACAAUGGAGGCAGUGCCCACACCCCCAGCCCCUCCAGACACAGCCCCCGAGAACGCAGCAGCAGCGGCAGAGCUGCCACCGCGGCUCUGGCCUCCCCCAGCACAGGGGUCGGGGCGGGGGCGGUGGCCUGGACAAGCUGACAAUCCGCAUGCGGCAGGGGCACCUGCAACCUCGGCUCACCAGCCUUCCCUCUCCGCCGGAGUGGCGCCCGCGACCGCGAACGCGGCACAGAGGGCAGCAUCCCGGCGCCCGCAGUGGCGACGCAGCGCAGACACCGAAGCUGGCGAGGCCGCAGCCGCCGCGGGAGCGCAAGCAGUGGCGGCAGGCAGGGGCGGAAAGCGCCGGCUCAGCGGCUCGCGCGUGGCCCGAGGCAGCGCGGCGAAGGGAAACCGAAAGCCUGUGCUGUAGCGCCGUCUGCUGA